AUGGAUCAACUUAAUGAUAUCCCACUACGACCCAUCCGUACCAACGCAUCUACUGCCUCGAGGUCCUCCAACGGUGGUGGUGUUCGAAAGGCUGACCAGACUCUCUCCAACACCCUGGGCGGCGCCGUCGACUCAUCGUCGUCCCCCACCGAGAAGCAUGGCCUCUUUCACAAACCCAGCAAGGCCAGCCACCGCCAGGCCGGGCCUUCUGGACGGCGCCGUGUGCGAGAUCUGAGCCGGCCGGGCACCAAUAUGAGUGAGGAUCACAAGCUGAACGCGCUGGGUCGCUUCUAUCGCAAGGUUGUCAGCUUUCCCUUCGUCACCCGCUACCUCAUCUACAUCAUCCCCAUCGCCUUCCUGUUCGCUAUCCCCCUCUUUGUGCUGCCCUUUACGGGCAACGUGGAUAACAUCCAGCUCGGCACCAGCGACAGCGACAAGGAAAACUACACUCUCUUUUGGCUUUUUCUCUGGAUCGAAAUCUCGUGGCUGUCGCUCUGGACCGCCAAGCUCGUCGCCCACGUUCUCCCUCACAUCUUCAUGUUUCUCUGCGGUGUCGUCAGCGCUGGAACCCGCAAGUACGCCAACGUGCUGGCCGCUCUCGAGAUCAAUUUGUCCUUGUUUCUCUGGCUACUGGCCUCUUGGCUCGUGUUCAAGUUCCGCUUUACAGACGACAGCAUCGAAUGGGUCCACACCAUCAAGCGCAUCCUGCUAUCCCUCUUCAUCUCGUUUGGCGUCUUGCUGGGAGAAAAGGCCAUUGUUCAGCUUAUCAGCAUUUCGUACCACCAACGCUCCUUUCACAACCGCAUCCAGGACUCCAAGCGCGACAUCUACCUCCUGGGUCUCCUCUACGACGCUUCGAGGACUCUCUUCCCCAUGUACUGCCCCGAGUUUGCCGACGAGGACUAUGUCAUCAGCGAUAGUAUCAACGCUCUCCUCAUGCGCGACCGAGCCGAGAAGAUGCGCCCCGGAGGCACCAGCACCCCCAUGCGUAUUGUCGGCGACGUCCACCGCAUCGGCGACAAGAUCACCUCGGUGUUCGGCAACAUUGCCUCCGAGAUCACGGGCAAGAACGUCUUCAACCCCACGUCCGCGCACUCCAUCGUCAUUGAAGCGCUCGAAAAAGUCCGCAGCUCCGAGGCCAUGGCCCGUCGUAUCUGGAUGUCCUUCGCGGCCGAAGGCGAGGAGGCCCUUUUGCUGGACGACAUCAUCGAAGUGCUGGGCCCCCACCACCGCGAAGAGGCCGAGGAGUGCUUUAACGCUAUCGAUGCCGACCAAAACGGCGACAUUAGUCUCGACGAGAUGAUCCGCAAGGUUGUUGAUAUCGGUAAGGAGAGGAAGGCAAUCGCUCACAGCAUGAAGGACAUCAGUCAAGCCUUGACGGUGUUUGAUAAGGUCUUGCUGUUUGUGGUGCUGAUCAUUGUGAUCAUUAUCUUCUUGGUUGUCUUCCAGAGCAGCUUUGUGACAACUCUGGCCACGGCUGGCACCACGCUUUUGUCGUUGUCCUUCGUUUUCGCCGUUACCACGCAGGAGUUCCUCGGUUCUUGCAUCUUCCUGUUCGUCAAGCAUCCGUAUGAUGUUGGCGAUCGUGUUGAUAUCAAGGGUCCCGAUGCUGAGCAGCUCAUUGUUGAGAAGAUCUCUCUCCUCUACACGGUCUUUACCCGUAUUGACAAGAUGCAAGUUGUUCAGGUUCCCAACAUCCAACUCAACAACCUCUGGAUCGAAAACGUCACGCGAUCCAAGGCCAUGAAAGAAACCGUCGACGUCGCCGUAUCAUAUGAUACCUCAUUCGAAGAUAUUGAGCUUCUCCGCCUCGAACUCGAAAAGUUUGUCCGCUCGCCCGAUAAUAGCCGUGACUUCCAGCCCGACAUCAACAUUAUGAUCAACGACGUCGGCAACUUGGAUAAGAUGACGCUUAAGAUUCAAAUCAAGCACAAGUCCAACUGGCACAACGAGGCUGUGCGUUGCACCCGUCGCUCCAAAUUCAUGUGCGCUUUGGCCUUGGCCCUCAAGGCGGUCCCCAUCAACGGCCCCGGCGGUGGUGGUGAGGCGUUGGGCGGUCCUAACAACCCGACUUACUCUGUUGCUGUAACCGAUGAUUUCGCUGCGACGGCUAGAGAAAAGGCGGACAAGGAUAAGGCGGCGGCCAAAAUGGUUAACAAACUACGCCAGCAGGAGGAUGAUGACAUUUCGGGCAGCGGCAAAACAGGAAGCAGCAAGCUGGAAGCCGAGCAACAAGCAGUCGCCAACAUCAACGCCUCCGAUCCCGUCGCCGAGGCGCUAGACGAUUGGGGCUACGACAGGGCCACCCUGCGCUCGCGUGACGCUUCCCCCGUCGGCCGCGCCGGUGACGAUGCCGCCUCUUCCAUCGCCCGCCGGAACUACUUGUCGGUCCGUGAGUCCCAGCGCGGACGCAGAAAACCAGGCGAGGGACUGCCGUCCGGGAAUAGGUCCCUGAGCGUGCACGUCACUCGUCCCUCUGUCGGCAGUGGCGUCGGCAGUGGCUUCGGCAGCAUUCAUAGCCCGAACACUGGCCGCCGCUCCAACCUUUCCUUUGACGUAGAGAGAGGCGAAGCCGGAAUCAGCCCCGGUACCUACAGCUACGGCCAGGGAUAUGCUGGGCAAGGACAGCCAGGGCCGAGUGUGUCGCAAUACGCCGGGGCAGCUUAUGGCGCGCAACAGAAUCAACAACCGAUGAGUCCUAGCUCGCCCAUCACCAGUGGUGGAUUGUACGCGGGACAGUCGACUUUGUCUCCUCUUUCACAGCAGCCACAGACUCCUCAGCCAGUUUACACCGCCCCUGGAGCAACUGCCACGACGGUUCCACCACCGCAGACCUUGCCCGCUCCGUCGCCUAUGACGCUCAGCCCAACCCCCACACCCGGUCCAAGCGGGACAAACGGGACAGGAGGACCGGUGGGAGCAAGGCCGAGGGGGGCGAGUAUAUCUAACCCGACAGCGGGAGUGAACAGACCUACGACAACUACUGCUCCUCCGCAAGGACAGACACAGCAGACUCAGCAGGGACAACCACCGCAAGCCCAACUCCCAGGGAACUUACCCCAGCAAGCUGCGGCCGCAGUGACGGGCUCCGACUUGACUCAAACCCAAACCUCUCACAACCAGGAACACAGAUAG